CCGCAUGGCUGCCUCGCGAACCGCAGUCCUGCCCUUUACUCCCUGGUUUCCUGUUCCGGAGGUGCUGAUUUGCCUGCCGCAGCCUCUGCCCCACCAGGCUCCUCCCUGUUUUCCCCCUCUAGUGGCGGUGGUCGCGUUCGCGGUGCUCGGGCUUUCCCCUCAGCCGCCCAGCUCCCCCGGGGGCUCUCUGCAGGUUGCCAUGGGCAAAGAAUUCAUCACCCACUGGACAGCCUGCUGGUGAUGAGCCUCUCUGAGGAAGACUAGAGCACAGGAAGGUGAAGUGAUUUUUCUGAGAGCCUUGCAGCAAGUUAGAGUCAAAGAAUGUCAUUCCACUCUGGACGAGGCAAUUCUCGAGGACGAGGAGGAUCUGGUGGAAGAGCUUCAACUCAAACCUUCAGGCCUCAGAAUUUGAGACAGCUUCAUCCUCAGCAGCCUACUGGGCAAUACCAGUAUGAACAACCAGUUGUCCCCCCAACCACUUUCACAAGUCCUCCAACUACAAGUUACUUGCCACCCAGGCCAGAUUUUGUGCCCUAUCCCCCACCUGUGCCUCCAACAGCACAGACUCCUGUUACCCAGUGUCCCCUCAGGCCACCUCUUCCCAACCAUCAAGUGAGGCCAACGUUUCCAGUACCACCUUGUUUUCCUCCUGUUCCUCCUCCUGUACCUACUCCUACUAACACUUCAGUACCUGGAACACCUGCUACACAAACUACUUUUCCCUAUAUGAUGCCACCUCCUUCCCUGCCACCACCACCCCCAGUCAUACCACCACAGGUUAAUUACCCAUCAGUUUAUCCCACAACCUAUUCACAACAGUCUUUCCCACCUCCUAAUUUUAGUAGUUACCAGAAUAACUCUAGUUCUUUUCAGACCAGCAGUAACAAUAACAGCAGUAGCCAUUUUAGGCACCCAACUCAGUAUCAGGUAGAAAAGCCUUCGAGUGAAAGGAGGUCCCCAGAAAGAAGUAAGCACUAUGAUGACCACCGGCAUCGAGAACAUAGUCAUGGACAUGGAGACCGACAUCGGUCAGAUAGUCAUGGAGACCGGCGGGACAGAACUCGAAGUCCAGACAGGAGGAGACAAGAAAGUAGCCGCCAUAGAUCAGAUUAUGACAGAGGGAGGACUCCACCUCGUCACCGCAGUUACGAGCAUAGCAGAGAGCGAGAACGGGACAGGGACAGGGACAGGCACAGGCAUCGGGAAAGCCGAAGAUCCCCAUCUCCAGACAGAUCCUACAAAAAAGAGUACAAGCGAACCAGCAGCCGGUCUCCAAGUAGAGAGAAGAAGAGAACUCGAUGGGAAGAUGACAGAGAUCGAUGGGUUGACAACCAGAAUUCUGGCAAAGAAAAGAGCUAUACCUCAAUCAAAGACAAAGAGCCAGAGGAAAUAAUGCCUGACAAAAAUGAAGAAGAGGAGGAGGAUCUGCUUAAACCAGUCUGGAUUCGUUGUACUCAUUCAGAAAGCUACUAUUCUAAUGAUCCCAUGGAUCAAGUGGGCGAUUCUACAGUUGUUGGAACUAGUAGGCUCCGAGACUUGUAUGAAAAGUUUGAAGAGGAAUUAGGGAAGAGGCAAGCAAAAGCAAAAGCUGUGAGACCCCCCUGGGAGCCACCCAAGACCAAACUAGAUGAGGAUUUAGACAGUUCCAGUGAAUCUGACUGUGAUUCUGAUGAUGAUAGCAGUUGUUCCAGCAGCUCAGACUCUGAUGUUUUUGAUGUAAUUGCUGAAAUCAAACGCAAAAAGGCCCACCCUGAUCGACUUCAUGAAGAACUCUGGUAUAAUGAUCCAGGGCAGAUGAAUGAUGGCCCUCUCUGUAAAUGCAGUGCAAAAGCAAGGCGCACAGGAAUCCGGCACAGCAUCUACCCAGGAGAAGAGCCCAUCAAACCCUGUCGUCCUAUGACCAACAAUGCUGGAAGACUCUACCACUACCGAAUUACAGUUUCACCUCCUACAAACUUUUUGACUGACAGACCAACUGUUAUAGAAUAUGAUGAUCAUGAAUAUAUUUUUGAAGGAUUUUCUAUGUUUGCACAUGCUCCCCUGACCAAUAUUCCCCUAUGUAAAGUAAUUAGAUUUAACAUAGACUACACAAUUCACUUCAUUGAAGAGAUGAUGCCUGAGAAUUUUUGUGUGAAAGGCCUUGAGCUCUUUUCCUUGUACCUGUUCAGAGACAUUUUGGAACUCUAUGAUUGGAAUCUUACAGGUCCUUCAUUUGAAAAUAAUAGUUCAUGCUGUCCAAGAUUUCAUUUCAUGCCACGUUUUGUAAGAUUUCUUCCAGAUGGAGGAAAGGAGGUGCUAUCAAUGCAUCAGAUCCUUCUCUAUUUGUUGAGAUGUAAUAAAGCUUUGGUUCCUGAAGAGGAGAUUGCUAACAUGCUUCAAUGGGAAGAACUUGAAUGGCAGAAAUAUGCAGAGGAAUGCAAAGGAAUGAUUGUUAACAAUCCUGGCAUGAAACCUAGCUCAGUGCGCAUUGAUCAAUUGGAUCGGGAACAGUUCAACCCAGAUGUGAUUACCUUUCCAAUUAUUGUCCACUUUGGGAUACGCCCUGCCCAGUUGAGUUAUGCAGGAGACCCUCAGUAUCAGAAACUAUGGAAAAGCUAUGUGAAGCUCCGCCACCUGUUGGCAAACAGCCCCAAAGUCAAACAGGCUGACAAGCAAAAGCUGGCACAGAGAGAGGAAGCUCUGCAGAAAAUUCGACAGAAGAAUACAAUGAGAAGAGAGGUGACAGUGGAGCUGAGUAGCCAAGGAUUCUGGAAAACUGGUAUCCGUUCUGAUGUUUGCCAGCAUGCAAUGAUGCUUCCUGUUUUGACCCAUCAUAUCCGUUAUCACCAAUGUUUGAUGCAUCUGGACAAGUUGAUUGGGUAUACUUUCCAAGAUCGUUGCCUGCUACAGCUAGCAAUGACUCAUCCGAGUCAUCAUCUAAACUUUGGAAUGAAUCCUGAUCAUGCUCGUAACUCUUUGUCCAACUGUGGGAUUCGUCAACCCAAAUAUGGAGACAGAAAAGUUCAUCACAUGCACAUGAGGAAAAAAGGAAUUAACACCUUAAUAAAUAUCAUGUCACGCCUUGGUCAAGAUGACCCUACUCCUUCCAGCCACAGACUGAACCCGAACUCCAGCAAGCCGUCUCACAAAUGUGUGCCCUUGAGUGCAAGGAAGAUCAGGAUUAACCACAAUGAACGUUUGGAAUUCCUGGGUGAUGCUGUUGUUGAAUUCCUAACUAGUGUCCAUCUGUAUUACCUGUUUCCUAGCCUAGAAGAAGGAGGACUAGCAACCUAUCGCACUGCUAUUGUUCAGAACCAACACCUUGCUAUGUUAGCUAAGAAACUUGAGCUGGACCGAUUCAUGCUUUAUGCUCAUGGACCUGACCUCUGUAGAGAAUCAGACCUUCGCCAUGCUAUGGCAAAUUGUUUUGAAGCCUUAAUAGGAGCUGUUUACUUGGAGGGAAGCCUUGAAGAAGCUAAACAGUUAUUUGGGCGUUUGCUUUUUAAUGAUAAGGAUCUUCGAGAAGUGUGGCUUAAUUAUCCAUUACACCCACUCCAACUACAAGAGCCAAAUACUGAUCGACAGCUUAUUGAAACCUCUCCAGUGCUACAGAAACUUACAGAGUUUGAGGAAGCUAUUGGAGUCAUUUUUACUCAUGUUCGACUUCUUGCGCGAGCAUUUACAUUGAGAACAGUGGGAUUUAAUCAUCUGACACUAGGCCAUAAUCAGAGAAUGGAAUUUCUGGGUGACUCCAUAAUGCAACUGGUAGCUACAGAAUAUUUAUUCAUUCAUUUUCCUGAUCAUCAUGAAGGUCACUUAACGCUGUUACGCAGCUCUUUGGUGAAUAACAGAACACAAGCAAAAGUGGCAGAAGAGCUGGGUAUGCAGGAAUAUGCCAUCACCAAUGACAAGACCAAAAGACCUGUUGCUCUACGUACUAAGACAUUGGCUGAUCUUUUGGAAUCAUUUAUUGCUGCACUGUAUAUUGAUAAGGAUUUGGAAUAUGUUCACACAUUCAUGAAUGUGUGCUUCUUUCCAAGACUUAAGGAGUUCAUUUUGAAUCAGGAUUGGAAUGAUCCUAAAUCCCAACUUCAGCAGUGCUGCCUGACCCUUAGAACAGAGGGAAAAGAGCCCGACAUUCCUCUUUAUAAGACUCUUCAAACAGUGGGACCAUCUCAUGCAAGAACCUAUACAGUGGCUGUUUAUUUCAAAGGGGAAAGAAUAGGCUGUGGUAAAGGCCCAAGCAUUCAACAAGCAGAAAUGGGAGCUGCAAUGGAUGCACUUGAAAAAUAUAACUUUCCCCAGAUGGCCCAUCAGAAGCGGUUCAUUGAACGGAAAUACAGACAAGAGUUGAAAGAAAUGAGGUGGGAAAGAGAGCAUCAAGAGAAAGAACCAGAUGAGGCUGAUGAAGUGGUGACACCAUACAUACAAGUAAAACGUGAAGAAUUGAGUCCUUGAACCAGAUUUUUGUCUACAGUAUGCCAGACAUCUCUCCUUUUGAAAACAUCUGAUGGACAUGGAAGCCAGUUUUCUCUAAGCAAUUUGUCUUCUGUAGAAAGGAGACUCUAAAAAUAGGCUUGGGGGGUAGAAGGGGAGACAUCUUUAUAUUCCAAUAUCAUUGGAAUGGACAUCUGAAUCACAGACCAUACAUUCUUCAACAAGUUGGUAGGGAAAAAAGAAUAAAAACCAGGUUAGUGAUUUAGAGGGAUUUUGAAAAUAACAUUGGUUUAAAUUUAACUUUACUAGUGUCUAUUAAAAGGAAAAAUAUUUGUAAACUCCCCUUUACAAAAGAUAUUAUUCCUAGAUCCUAUUUCCAAAGUAAAGAUCCUCAUUUUUCUUCAUUUAUUCCUUUCAAAAGUGCAAAAUUAUAAUCCAUUAGAAAAUACAACUUAUUUUUAAAACCUGGCCCUUGAUUCUGCAUAUUUACCUUUAUACUUUUCAUUUUACAAAAUCUUUGGAGGAAAUUUAUAGCAAAGUGCCUUCUAUAUGUGGGUGGGGAUGGAGUUGGCUUUUUUUUUUAAUAACAUUUUUAAAUAGAGUUCGUUAUAGAAUAUUUGAACUGGAAAGGACCUUAGACAACUUCUUUAUUAUAUAGAUGAGACCCAGAGAAGUAUGAGGUGGGUGAUCACUCAAAGGCCAGGAUAAAACUGAUCUAUAUUCAAAUCUUUGUAUCACACCAAAAAUUAAAUACAACUAUAGAAAUCGGAAUUAUCCUAUUUCUAACCUCUAUGGUGUUGAGUAUCUGAGAAUUACAAGUUUUAUCUAAUAUUCCUACCAGACUCUUAAAAUAUGCUCUUUUCCACCUUAACAAAUUGUGUAUAUAUCUGGGUUAUCAUUUACUUAAAUUCUAAUAUAAUGCCUCAUCAUUGCCUGGAGCUGGUCCUAAGUUUUUCAUAGUUGUGCCAUCACAGCACAACCUCUGGCAGAUUCUGUCAAGUUGUAAAGGCUUCAGGUAUGAGCCUGACAGCAGACUCUUGAUCUGUUGCUGGAAGACCAGCUCAAUCAAGUUCAGAGAGGCUCAUCACCAGUUGGUUGACCACCAGGUAAUGAAUAUUUCUUUUUUUGUCUUGUAGCAUCUUAUGGGACCAUCCUCUAGGUUCUGAGAGAGUUUUGAAAUUUGUCAGUGGAGGGAACACUCACACUGACAAAAAAAAAUUGAAAUUUUGUAUUAUAUUAGCAGAUGUUAGUAAGGACUACAGUGAAUGUUGGGACUAUCUUGCCAAACACCUAGCGAACAGAAUAUAGGUGAGGCUGGAGAGGCUUUUCACUGAGUACUUUUGUAUCAUUGUGUCUUGAAAAUAAAACCACCCUACUUUGUGUUAAGGAAUAAUUCCCAGGUCCAUGUAGAAUUGUGUUUGUCAUUUUUCUUCCUUGUAGUAUUUGCAACCUUUUUCAGCUUCUGUCUCUAUAUUAUAUGCUGCUGAAAUCUGGAGAAGUAUAAAAGUUAAAUAUUGUAAUCUUAAUGUGAAAGAAGUUUAAUAUCAGAUAUUCUUGAAAAAUGUCUUACAUACAAGAAAUGAAAAGAACUGUUGCAAAUAUGUAAAGCUUGAGAGCCAUUCCCCAAUAGCUCUAUGCUCAAAAAAUGUGAAGAAGCAGUUUUCAAAAGAAUAAAUGUAAAUUACUAAUAAACAUUUGAAAGAAUGCUUCAAAUUUCUAAUGAUAAGGAAAUAUAGAUUAAAGCAUUUCUGAAGUUUUACUUUAUACCUAUCUACUUGACAAAGAUGAAAAUACUAAAUGGUUAUGGGUUUUGGUGGAACAAAAGUACUCCAAAGCAAUUUCAGUAUAGCUAUGAAUUAAUCCAACCAACCAUUCUGGAAAACAAUUUGGAACCAUGGUAGAAAAGUCACUAUAUUCGGCGUAAUUUUUCACCCAGUAAUCACUACAUUGCAUAUAGCCCAAGGAGGUCAAAAACAAAAGGAAUAUGCCCAGAUAAACAAAUAUGUUUAGCUGCAGUUUUUGUGGUCACAAAAGUACUAAAAUCUGUUUGCCCACAAAUUGGGGAAUGGCUAAGCAAAUUUCGUUAUUAUUUGUGUAAUGUAAUAUUAGUGUGCCAUAAGAAAUUGCAAGUAUAAAAAAUUCAGACAAACUUGAAAUGACUUGCACAGACUGAUGCUAAAAGGAAAAAAAGACUUUGUAUAGUCUCUACAGUAAUAUGAAGGAAAGAACAACUCCAGCAGACACUGGAAGUCUGAUCAGUGCAAUGCAGAGUACUGCCUGUGAAACAUAACUCCUUUCAGGGAUAUUAUUAUAGACCCUAUGUACAAAAUGAGAGCUGUGUUGUCAGAUAUGGCCAAUGUGUCGUUUUGUUUUGCUUAACUAUGCUUAUUUGUUACAGUGAAGGGGAGAGGGAUUAUUGAAAAGUGACGACAGUGUAAAAAAAUCAUCAAUAAAGCAUUUAUUUAAAAGCAAA